CAAAUUGUGUCAACAGCUAUGAAGUCUCUAGCAGUGUUACCGUUUCUCUGUGCUAUUUCUCUGCACUCCGUCGCCGCCGCCGCGUCCACUGCCUAUCCUUCCAUCCCCGGCACCGACCCCGGUGAGUGCUCGCUCAUCGGCGGCGACAGUAUUCUUGUCCCUCCGCGCCGAGAAGUCUACGAUGACGGACGAAUCUUCGAUAUCAGCCACAAGUACGUACCUGAGAUGCCGGUGUGGGAUUCGGAGGAGGGGCUCGGCCACUUCCUGUGGCUCCAGUAUAGCAUGAAAAAUGGUUCACUCGCCAAUAACUCAGCCAUGAAGCUUGGUGUUCACACCGGUACCCAUGUUGACGCGCCGGGCCACUUUUACGACAAUUACUUCGACGCCGGCUUUGACGUUGACUCACUCGACUUAAGAGUCCUCAAUGGCCUUGCACUUUUGGUUGAUGUUCCACGGGAUAAAAACAUUACUGCUGAAGUUAUGAAGUCCUUGAUUAUCCCUAAAGGUGUACGCCGCGUGCUCUUUAGAACCUUAAAUACUGACAGGCGGCUUAUGUUUAAGAAGGAAUUUGACACAAGCUAUGUGGGAUUCAAGGAGGAUGGAGCAAAAUGGCUUGUGGAGAACACUGAUAUCAAACUUGUUGGGAUUGAUUACUUAUCUGCUGCUGCUUAUGAUCACUCGGUUCCAUCUCAUCUUGUUUUUCUGGAAAGCAGGGAAAUCAUUCUUGUGGAAGGCCUAAAGCUUGAUGAUGUUCCAGCUGGAAUAUAUUCUCUCCACUGCUUGCCUCUUAGGUUGGUUGGUUCUGAGGCAUCACCAAUUCGAUGCAUUCUGAUCACAUAGUAUGGUCCACUUGAGUUUGUGGCGCUCAAACCUGGUUUACAGUUGCACGAAGGGUGAAACUGCCGCAGGAAACAACGUAGCCCCGAAGGUAAUUGGUGGUGUCCACAGGGAGUAGUAUGAUAGUAAUAUGUUGAAUAGUCUUCUUUUACGUGCUUAGGUUGUAAAGUACUAGAUGGCUCGUCUAAUGUCCGCAUUGAUCAAUUAUUGUGAUUAAACUUCGGUUGUGGACUUGCGGGUCCACCUAUAUGGACCCUAUAUUAAACUAGUGCUCUCAGUACUUACCGGUGAGUCCUUUCUGAAUGGUUAUGGAAUAAGAAAAGGAACCAGUAGUGUAAAUGUGGAUAAUAACCUGAGUUGCCAUGUAAUUUUUUAAAUCGAAACAAGCAAUGUAACUAAAUAAUACCACGUUCAUUUUUCAUUCGUGGUUGACAUGCUU